AUGCAGAAGACACAAGUAGGUUUGCUGCUUCUACUGGAGACCUAGAGUUCUAAACAAUGCAGUCUUUUCAAUUACUUGUGCUGUUCCUGACCAAACUCUUUCUCCUUCAAUUUACUUUUGCAGUUGAUUUCUCCUUCACUGGUUUCAAUUCAUCUGAUAUCUUGCUCUAUGGAAAUGCAACCAUAGAUUCUGGUGUUCUUUCUCUUACAAGAAAUACCACCUUUUCCAUUGGUAGAGCUCUCUACAAUGCUAAGGUACACACAAGAUAUCCAAACUCCUCGAACCUCUUGCCUUUCACAUCCUCCUUCACCUUUUCUAUAUCCCCAUACAAGGAUUCUCUCCCUGGCCAUGGAUUUGUCCUCAUUUUCGUUCCUUCUACCGGCAUCGAAGGUGCCUCUUCUUCCCAACAUCUCGGUUUCUUGAACAGUACCAAUGAUGGUGAUCCCAGAAACCAUGCUUUUGGUGUCGAAUUUGAUGUGUUUCAAAAUCAAGAAUUCAAUGAUGUUAAUGACAACCAUGUUGGUGUUGAUGUCAAUUCUCUUACUUCUCUAGUUUCCUACAAAGCCGGGUAUUGGCUUGGUGAUAAUACAAAGGAUGACAGUAACAACACUAAUUGGUCUUUCAAGGAAGUAAAGCUGAACAAUGGAGCCAACUAUCAAGUUUGGAUUGAGUACUGGAACUACCAGCUCAGCAUAACAUUGGCUCCUGAAAAUGUGAAAAAGCCAGAGAGACCUUUGAUUCAGAUUCCUCUUGAUCUCUCUGAUGUUUUUCUUGAUGACAUGUACGUUGGGCUCACUGCAUCAACUGGGCAACUCAUUGAAGACCAUAAAAUUCUGAGUUGGAGCUUCAGUAAUUGAAGCUAGCAAUGAAUUUGGAUUGAAAUAUUUGUACCUUUUAGAAAUAAAGUAAGGCUAUUGACCUAUCUAAUUAAGCUGCCUUCAUGGAGACAUGGAUCUCCAUGUGUCUUGGUCAGCAUAGAUUUCAUAUACUUUUUAGUUUAUAUCUUGUUUUCAUUCUGUUUAUGCACAGUUCAUGGUAUUUGAGUGAUUGUCUUUCUCUGCU